AUGGCUUCCUCUUCUUCUUCCAUUACUCCUGAACUAGAGCAUGAGGUUUUCCUUAGUUUCCGCUGUGAGGACACCCCACGAAACUUUACCAGCCAUCUAGAUGAAGCCUUUCGUCAGAAAAAUAUCAAAACUUUCAUUGAUGAUAAGCUUAAUAGAGGAGAAGAAAUUUCUCCCUCUCUUCUGAAGGCAAUUGAACAUUCGAAGAUCUCGGUUAUCAUUUUCUCUAAAGGCUACGCUUCCUCCAGUUGGUGUCCCAAAGAACUUGAGGAGAUUAUUAAAUGUAAGAACACGCAUGAUCAGAUCGUAAUACCAGUCUUCUAUGACGUAGAUCCAUCUGAUGUCAGGAAUCAAAUUGGGGAUUUUGGGAAAGCAUUUGCUGAGCUUGAAAAGCGUUUUAUGAGUGAUUCAGAGAUGUUGCAGAGAUGGAGGACUGCUUUGAGGGAUGCAGCCAACCUAUCUGGUUAUGAUUCAAAGAACUCUAGGAAUGAGGCAACGCUGGUAAAAGAUGUUGUCAAUGAUGUAUGGAGGAAAUUGGAUUACAACUCCUCAGUUGUUCCUUCCAAGGACCUAGUUGGACUAGAGUCAUCAAUUGAAGAGAUUGAAAAUUUAUUAUGUUCAAAAAGUGUUUGCAAGCUAGGAAUUUGGGGUAUCGGGGGCAUAGAAAAAACUACUCUUGCUGGGGAUGAACAUCUCAAUCAUGGAUUCACCUUUAGAAGAAAAAGUUUCAUUAGCAGAAGAAAAGUUCUCAUUGUGUUUGAUGAUGUAAAGAAGUUAGAACAAAUAAAAUGUUUAAUGGGAGUUUUUGGCAACUUCGAUUCAGAUAGUCGAAUCAUUAUAACGACAAAGGAUAAACAUGUGCUAAGGAAUUAUGAAGUGGAUCACAUUCAUGAGAUGACAAGGUUAUCUUCUCAUAAUGCUCUUCAACUUUUUGCCUUACAUGCCUUUAAAGGAAACCCUCCAACAGAAGAUUAUAACGAGUUAUCAUCUAUAGUAGUAGCUUAUACUAAAUGUGUUCCACUAGCUCUUAAAGUUCUUGGUUCCUUUCUAUUCAAGAGGACGAAGAGAGAAUGGGAAAGUGCACUAAAAAACUUAAGAACAAGUCUUUAUGUGGAUGUCCACAAGGUGUUAAAAAUAAGUUAUGACAGAUUAAAUGAUAAAGAGAAGGCUGCAUUUUUAGAUAUUGCAUGUUUCUUUAAAGGAUAUAAAAGAGAUCUCAUAGAAGCAAUCCUAAAUGCUCGUGACUUUGACUCUCAUAUUUCUAUACAUCUUCUCAUUGAAAGGUGUCUCAUAACUACAUCAUUUGACACCAUAAGAAUGCAUGAUUUACUUGUAGAAAUGGGUAGGGAAAUUGUUCGGCAAGAAUCAAUUGAUGAUCCUGGUAAACAUAGUCGGUUGUGGGAUCCUAAUGCAAUCUUUUUAGUAUUGAAGUAUAAUAUGAGAGCUAGAGCAAUUCGAAGUAUAUGCUUGGAUAUGUUUGAAGUAGAAGAGUUGCAUUUAAAUCCUAAAGCUUUCAACAACAUGCAAAACCUAAGAUUCUUGAAAAUUUAUGAGUUCAAACAUGGAAAGAAGAAAUUUGUUAAUUUGAAACAUAUUGACAUCAGUCACUCUAAACGUCUAUGUAGUAUACCAGAUUUAUCACUUAUGCCAAAUCUUGAGAGCUUGAAGCUUGAAGAUUAUACAAAUUUGCUUGAGAGUUUCUCAUCUAUCUGUAAUCUCCAUAAACUUGUUAUCCUGAAUCUACAAGGAUGCAAAAGCUUUGAUAAUCUUCCAAUUAGUUCUAAUUGUCAAUCUCUUCGAGUUGUUAAUCUCUCUAAUUGCUCAAAUCUCAAAGAAGUUUUAUAUCUCCCUAAUACAGUUGAAGAAUUAUAUCUAGAUGGAACUGUCAUUAAAGAAUUUCCAUCAAUAGGGCAUUUAUUUAGACUAGUAACAUUGAGUCUUAGAAAAUGUUAA